CGGUGGGCGGGGCAGACGCGCACGCUUUCCUUCCAUAAAUGAACGGAGACCUGUGCAGCCGCCCGUAACGAACGCUUCAAACGGUGCAACCUGAGCUCACUAAACGGUAAGUUUGUCACGUGUGUCGGUGCUCGUAGUCCACGUCCGUCACUAACGCCGGGCCCGUGCGCUGUCAGCAGUCCAAAAAAACGACAAGAAACGGCAACAUGUCUGACAAGAAGGCCGUGAUAAAGAAUGCGGACAUGUCCGAUGAAAUGCAGCAGGAUGCGGUGGACUGUGCCAUGCAGGCCAUGGAGAAGUACAACAUCGAGAAGGAUAUAGCAGCCUAUGUCAAAAAGGAGUUUGACAAGAAGUAUAACCCCACAUGGCACUGCAUUGUCGGGAGGAACUUCGGCAGCUAUGUGACGCACGAGACGAAGCACUUCAUCUACUUCUACCUGGGUCAAGUGGCCAUUCUACUGUUCAAGUCAGGCUGAAAAAUCCAAACCCCCCCCCCCGACCUUCUCAAACUACUUUUAAUUCAGCCCUUAAUACUUUGUGCCACUCUGUACAUUUGCCACCUCCUUUCUGCAGACAUGCUUUCCUCCUGGUUUCCCCGCUCGCUGCAGUCUUAAUUCUUUUUGUUUUGUUUGCCACCUCCGACGCUAUCACCAUCGGGCGGAUGGCGCUUCAGUCGUGCCUGGACUGGUGAUGUGCCAUUCAUAGAAUGUAAAACUACUCUCCAUGCCAGCUCUCGGUCAAGCAUUUGCACAUUUGACAGACUCGCCAUGACUCAAUUCCUGGAUAUUGUUUUUGCCGCGCAUUGAUGCGCGGACCUUGUACAUUGUUUCAUAUGGGUAUGUUGUAUAAUAACUUAUUUUUCAUUAAAUUAAAUGAGCAACAGACAGUUUUUGUUUAAAAGCCUUUAAUUUUCAGCGUCGACUGAGAUUGAAUAAAAAUAGCGAGACUGUUGCUUCACUUAAUAAAGAUUACCUGCUGAGAGAUCGAAGGUUUUGUACAUGCUUGAACAUUCCCGUUUCUGUCAACUUCAUUUGUGAAUAUUUACUGUGUUGCUGUUUGUGCGUUUGUGUCUCUGCAAUGUACUGCGGUGUGGUAUUGUGAUAUUUUCAACAUGUUCAGCACAAAACAAUUUUGAGACAGUAAACUGCUUCAGAAUGUGUAUGUGUGACUUUGUUUCACUUGCAUGUACCAUAUCAUCUUAACAUAGUUGGAUAUCCUAUUGUCAUGAUACACAAGUCUGAUUUUCUCCAGAA